GUAUAAUCAGAUAUCAUUAGCUGGUUAAUAUAUCUGAUUUCCUUCUUACCGUCACGAAAAUUGACAGUCACACAUAGACUGCGAGAUCAUUCGGCACUUUCUCCUCGAUGGCAAGAAAAAUCCUGAAACUCGGAAAUGGACAAUACUUGGGCAAAGUUUGGAGGCUUCUGUGCCGCCACUUACCUUCCGAAUUUCACAGUGCUAACCUAAAGGAAGUCUUCAUUGCUCGCGGUAUCCCACCCAUGGUCAACUCUCCCGACGCAGUUUACGAAGCCCUCGUUGUGAAGGUGGAAGAACCAAACAAGGUUUACUAUGCAAAGUAUUCCCAAGAUGUUCGAAAUAUCUUAGGUUUCCUAGAGGGCAACAAUGUAGUCAUUCCGAACAGCGGGAAUAUGACGGUCUCAAAUUGGCAACAACUCGACCUGCAGUUUGGAUUGCAUAGUAGAGCUCGUGUUCCGAGCGAUCACAGACUUAGACAUGUUGGGAAGCUCUCAUAUGGGCUUAUCGACAGUAUACACAGAACACAGCACUUUGACACCAACCCGAUUUACGCAGUGCUUCACGAGCCUAUCUACUGCCAAGGGCGCAGGCACAAGGCAGGCUGGUCUGCACAGCGCGUCAUCCAGAAAAACGACAGGUUUGUCUGGGAAAAAGUGAGGCUCAUGUCCGAUGAUGUUCCCAUUUACUUCACGGGGCAGAUGAUAUUCCCUGACACGUUCGAGGACUAUCAUUAUCUACGUCCACUGCAGGGCGUGGUCGAACUGUUGGCUUAUGAUGAAGAUUGGCCUAUGCGACAAAGAGGCUUCGAAAAAGAACCAAGUAAAAGUAAACGCUGUAACGUAGCGUUUGUCAUCGGCAACCUAUCACCAAUCAGAGUUUCCAUGACGGUAUACGCAAGUACACGGAAAGCAUUUUAAUGACCCUUUUCGAGCUGUCUAAACGGGAGUGCGAUUAGAACAAAUUUCCCUGAAGCAGCGAGUAGCCUGUGAUGUGGCAUUUUAGGAUCGAGAUAGUACAGAGAUGAUCUUUGCUACAGGGUUGAUGAUAUCUACAGCCAUUGCGUAAAAGCUUUCUUUACUUGUACUGAACAGCAGUUCAGGAAUCUGUAUCAGAACUCAAUGGAAGUCUUCAAAAUCAGGUCAUGAA